UGCGAUGUGCCUCCAAAUGUCACCACCCGGGCACCACCGAAGUGCUGUCUUCCUAGCUAUUAUCCCAAGCGCCACCUGGAGCCCUACCAGCUGUCAAAAAGAAAAAAAAAAAAAAAGAAUUGAGCCCAGGAGGCCUUUGCCCCUAACCUUCAUGGCCGUUGUGAGGCUUCAGGCUUCGGGCGGCAAAGCGAGCAUCACGUGAUGAAACUCCUGUCCUCUUAUUGGUCUCUUCUCUGAGAAGGGCGGGGAAGAACGACCAAGCGGGGACCAGGUUUAAAGGAACCAGGGCGAAAUCCUCCGGAGGCCCGCCCCCGCGCUGGGCGGAAGGGGAGCUGCGCGGAGCUUGGGCCCCGCCCGCGCGUCACGGAGGCGGGCAGGGGGCGGGCGCCGGGAAGCCGCCAGGGCGCCGGCAGCCGCGCGCCCCGAGGGAAGCACCGCUGAGGCGGCGGGCCGCGGCGCGGGCUCGAGGGCGCACUGGGGCGCGCGGGCGCGAGCGCGGGGAUGGAGGACGGCCUGGCCGGGCCCCGGCUCGGAGUGGCAGCCGCGGCGGCCGAGGCGCGGCCCGGGGUGGUGACGCUGCGGCCCUUCGCGCCCUUCUCGGGGGCCACCGAGAGCGACGAGGGCGGCGGCGACUGGAGCUUCAUCGACUGCGAGAUGGAGGAGGUGGACCUGCAGGACCUGCCCAGCGCCACCAUCGCCUGCCACCUGGACCCGCGCGUGUUCGUGGACGGCCUGUGUCGGGCCAAAUUUGAGUCCCUCUUUAGGACCUACGACAAGGACAUCACCUUCCAGUAUUUCAAGAGCUUUAAGCGAGUCCGGAUAAACUUCAGCAACCCCUUGUCGGCAGCAGACGCCAGGCUCCAGCUGCACAAGACGGAGUUUCUUGGGAAGGAAAUGAAGCUAUAUUUUGCCCAGACGCUACACAUAGGCAGCUCACACCUGGCCCCGCCCAACCCAGACAAGCAGUUCCUCAUCUCUCCACCCGCCUCUCCACCAGUCGGUUGGAAGCAAGUGGAGGACGCUACACCAGUCAUAAACUAUGAUCUCUUAUAUGCUAUCUCCAAGCUGGGGCCAGGGGGGAAGUAUGAACUGCACGCGGCCACCGACACCACCCCCAGCGUGGUGGUCCAUGUAUGUGAGAGCGACCAAGAGAACGGGGAGGAUGAGGAGAUGGAAAGAAUGAAGAGACCCAAACCCAAGAUUAUCCAGACCAGGAGGCCCGAGUACACGCCCAUCCACCUGGGCUGAGCCGGCGCAGGGACAGAGAUGCAUCCGAGCCAUACUCAACGGGGCAGGGUCAUUUACUGUGCCAGUCGCCGGUGCUCACAUCCUUGGAGGUGGCAGCCGUGACCGCCGCCACAGAAAAUUCCAGUUCAUGUUGCUCAGAAGAGAUUCGAGGCUUUGUCUCUUUGUGUCAGUGCCGCUGCCCCAGUCUGUGUGCGUGGCACCCAGGAGCGUUUGGGGCCACCCACCAAGUCUGUGGUGAUCGCACAUGGACGUUUGGGGACGUCUUGAAAAAGCCGGUCACAGUAGUGUUCUUUACUUGUUCUUUCCUGGUUGGUUCUGUUUUUUGCCAAGGGCAGGCAGAUCUUGGGUCUGGGGAGCUUUUGGUUCCAAGCAGCCUGUGGGCAGAUGCUCCCCUCCCCGCAGGAAGGAGCUCCAUGCCAAACCACCAGGUGUCCUCGGCAGGAAAGGUUGUGAGAGCAGCCACAAUGCCAUGUGGGAAUCGUAGCGUUUCAUUUCCUGCCUCAUGGUCUAAUGUCUGUGCAUGUAUAUUUUAUGAUCUUUGAGACUAACCCUUGUCCGUGUAGGAAGUUAUGCUGUUGUCAUUUUAUACCCUUUGGGGAAGCUGGGAAAGCACUGGAGAAGGGCAUCACCUUUUCGGAUCCUGAACUCUUUGCAGCAGCACUCCUAUGCAGAGUGCUACCUAGAGUACAUUUAUGUGCUUUUGCAAAAACAAAAAAAAAAGUUGAUCUGAUUCACAUGCAGAGUUUAGCUUUUGCAGUAAAAGGGCAACAGCAGUCUCACUGCCAAUUUUGAGUGGGUGUGAAGUUUAGUUCAGGUGUUUGGGGUCAGGUAUCAGUCUUGAUGGUUUCUUUUAUGUGGUGGCGUGUGAACGUGAAUCAUAGCCAAAAACCCUCUUGGGAACUGCUGACUGAAAGAGUUGAUUUUUUUUCACCCCAGUCGAAACACCAAUAUAAACUUGUACAUAAAGCUGAGAGCAUCCGUUCCUGCCUGUUGUAUCUUUGGGUGGAAAAAAAAUACAUAUAUAUGGCAGUGGGAGACUAGAAGACAUAUUAACCUACCUGUGAAUUGUAUGUCAUAGAAAUGUAUAAUGGGUCUGAGCUCAAAGCAUGUCAAGUGGCUCGUAGCUGUGUGUUGCCAUGAGAGGGAUGCAGUGCCUUUUCCCAUGAAUUCCGGAUGGAAUUGUUACACUAGAUAGACAUUUGUAAUUCUUUUCUAGUUGUAAUGUGAACGUCUGGUAAAUAGCUAUUAUAUUUUGGCCUUACACUACCAUAACAAGAAUUUGCCAUUUUGAAUGCCCAAUGCCAAGUAACAAUGCAUGCUUUGGAAAUUUGGAAGAUGGUUCUCUCUUUGGGAAGAAAAUGCGUUUGCAUUGAGUUCUUUGAUGGUUCAUGUCAAGACAUCCACUGAAUGUUCUCAAAACCCUGUUUACAGCCCUGAGUAGGAGGGAGCCGGUGAUGGGAAGAGACCGUUGCAUAGCUGUUCAAGUGUUUCUAGUUAAGUGCUUUUAAACUGGAGAGGUGAACCUCAAACUAUUUUUUUUUAACUGCAUUCUCUAAUAAAUCAGCACAAUUCGCUCCU